AUGUCUUCAGCCGUAAGUGACUUAAAAGUCGAAGAACCUAAAAAAGAAGAAAAUGAACCUAGUGAAACCACUGUAAAAGCUGAGGAAAAACCAAAUUUAAUGACUUUUAUUCCGAAAAAUGAUGAUAAUUAUUUAGACACACUUCGAAAUUUUGGAAUAACCGUUAAAUGUGUACCAAAACGAGGUUGUAAAGUUAUACCAAUUGUUGAACCUAAAAUUGAACCUGAAGACGAGGAUGACGAAGAAAAUCUCGAAUAUCCAGAAGAAGAUGAUGAUGAUUCUGUUGAUAUCAAUCAAUUGUUAGGUAAUAGUUCAAUAUCAAUUGUUAAAAAAAUUACACGCUCAAAUAGUACUGCGUCAAGUUCAAAAAGUGUUGUUGAUGACGAUGAUCCAAUUGCAAAAUUAAGUUCCUUAGGAUCUAUUGUGUCGAUAGCUAGAAAAAAAAGUACAGACAGCGUAAAAAAUACAAGUGACAAACCGGUAGAAUAUCCUAUUGAAACAGAAAGUGUUACAGUUAAACCUAUUGAAAAAUCUGCAAUUUCCAUUGUCAAUUCGGCAGCUUCCAUUGAAAAACUUGUAACUCCUAUUGAAAAACCUGUAACAUCUAUCGAACCUGUGACAUCUAUAGAACGUGUAACAUCAACCGAACCUGUAACAUCCAUUGAACCUGUAGCAUCUAUCGAACCUGUAACAACUAUCAAACCUGUAACGACUACAGAAAAAUCUCUAUCGUCUGUUGAAAAAUCUGCAACUACUAUUGAACCUGUACCGUCAGUUCAAAAAUCAGUAACUCCUGUAGCAGAAAAUGAACCUUUACUAACAGAAAUUAAAGAAGAACCAGGUUUAGAAGAAGAAGAAUUUAGUGAUAGAUCAAAGUCUACUGAACCGGAAAAAGAUAUCGCACGAAGAUCUUCUAUUAGAUCAAAUACAUCUCAAAAAUCUAGAUCUAGAUCGAGACGUAAUUCAAAUACAUCAUCUUUGGCAUCUAAUGAACAUUUGGAGGAAAAUAUACUCGAAAAUUUUAAUAAAGAAAAUAGCCAAGUAAAAGUUACAGUAAGAAGAGGAGUUAAAAGAGGACGUGGACGACCACGAGGAGCACUUAAUCGUGUCCCGGCAGGAAGUGGAAGAACUUCACGAGCUUCACGGCGUGGCCAUCAUUACGAAUCUGACGAGGAUUUUGAUUGUCAUGUUAGAACGCCAGUAGUGACAAGACGUCAAACUCGAGGAAAAAAGAUAUCUUUAAGUAAUUAUAGUGAAAGUGAAGAUAGUGAUUUUGAACGUUAUAUUAACGAAAACACUGAAUCACCUAUCGAUUAUUUGUCAGAAUUCGAGAAAAAUAAAGUUGGCGAACACAAUUCCUCGACAGAAGAAUUAAAUACUUUUAGAAAAUCGGACAUAGAAAUCCCACCAACACAAAUUAGUAAAGAAAACGAAACUCAGCAAGAUUCACAACUUGAAAGUGAAAAACUAAGCACAGAAAAUAAUUUAAAAUCAGAAAAAGAAGCCCAAAAACAAUUAGAUAUAAACGAAGCAUCCACUUCUUCAUCGUCGCAACCACCUACUAAACUCUCCAUUAAAAUAUUGCAAAAUGAGGAUUAUAGUGAAGUUUUAAAUAGGUCACAAAGUGAAAUUACUGGAAUUAGCGAAGAAGUAUCGGAACUUGGUGAUUUUAACGAAACAGCACCUAGUGAGGACGGCGGGGAAAGUGAAAAUUUUUCGAAUUCUGUAAGUCGUAGUGUUACGCCUUCACAAUCCACAGGAUAUUUGUCGGAUUCAUCGAAAACAGACGAGGUUCCAAAUAAAAAACGUCGUUUAACUAGUACUUCAACACCUCAGGCCGAACGUUAUCCUAGUGACGACUUAUUUUGUUGGUAUUGUAAAAGAAAUUUUUCAAAGAAAACAUUAUUUUGGCGACAUAUCUCCACCCAUAUUCGUUUACCGUAUGUGUAUUUGACAAAAGUGACACCGGAAGAAAUUGAGAACCAUUGCGGACCAGGAUAUAGAUAUAUCCCUUCCACUUCAGCUUCGACGGCUUCGCCUAAAAUGUCAUCACUGAAAUUGACAUUAAAAACAAAUAAUAAUCACGAAUUUGAAAUAAUUAAUAAAGAAAAUAAUACAAUGGACUCAACACAUCACGCUGAUGAAUUUCAAGGAGAAGAAUACGAUCAUAAUUUAGAAGAUAACAUGGAAUUAGAAAAUGAAAUAACAGAGACUAAUGACGAUAAUAUGGAUUUAGACGAUCCAAUUGAGAGUAAAAUGGAUUUAGAAAAAGUAAAUCAUACCGAAAUCACCCACGAAGAGACAGAUAAAAAUACUGAAGAGAAUACCACCGUACAAGAUCCACCCGAGGAUCAUGACAACGCUUUAUUAAAUUAUGAAGAAACAUCACAAACUGAGCAAUCAUAUGACACAGAAAAUUUACAAGAUACCACAAACUACUCAAGUGAAAAUACUGAAAAAGAACCCGAAGAAAUUACUGAUAAAAUACCAGAAGAAACUAGUGAAAGUGAAACAUCUCAACAAACGUAUAUACCAGGUGUACGAAUACGUUCUUUAGAAUCGGUACAACGAUUAGAAAAUGGUACACCGGAAUCAACACAUAGCCAAAGUUCUAGCAAUUCACCUUCGUUACAAGGUUCAUCGCCUACGUUACGUGUUCGUACAAAUUUGACUAGUCCACAAAAUAAUAAUAUUAGUCAUAUGCAAAAUCAGUUAGCUACACCAAAUAUGUAUGGACAGCAACAACCCCAUGAUCCAUAUCAAAGCCAACAUGGGGGAUAUAAUGCUCAGAAUCCGUAUAUGAAUCCACAUCAAAUGGGUGGGCAUCAACCACAAAAUAUGUAUACGAGUCAACAAAGUAUGACGUACAAUAAUAAUGGAUAUUCGAGUUAUUCGAGUUACAAUCAAACUACUUAUGUUGCAAAUGGUAAUUACUCACCAGGAUCAUCAUAUUGGCCUAAUACUGGACAGGGAGCUGAUGCAAUAGACCCUCUGGCAAUCAAUCCAGAAGACGAUCCUUUAAAACUUUCACAAAGUGGGGAAAAAGAAAAAGAGACCAAUGAUUCUUUAUUAAAAUCAUUUUUGGAUGCACCUAAUUCUAAUGUUAAUCCUGGUUUAGGUAAUGAUAAUCCAGCAAUGGCUGAAUUUAUGCCUUUGGAUCGCUUGAUAAGCGCAUGCCAAGUUUGCUCAGAAAGAUUCCCGGAUGCACAAUCGUUAGAAGAACAUAAGCGAAGAUUAAAUCAUUAUGGUAAUUCGUCUAUGCCACAACAUCCGCCAUCGUCGGCUUUGCAACCAUUGGGUACAACGGCAUUACAAACGUUAGCAAAUGCUCAUGGUCCAAUGGGUGCAGGGGGUAUGCAACCAAUACAACAUCAAAUUCGAGUACAACAUAAUGUUAUUGUGAAUAAUGUUAUCCAACAACCAUCAAUGGCACCUUUACCCCCUUAUGGACAACCCCAAUCCAUGGUAGAUAAUUCAAUGCAACAAUUAGCUCAACAGGUUAAUAGAAUGCCUCCUCCAAGUAGCCAGUACGGGCCGUAUGGUCCAAGCCAACCUCCACCUCCUUACGGAGGACAAUCACCCUAUCGUAUGCCAGCUUUACCAGCGCCGCCAGGCCAAGGUCCACAACAAGGCUAUAAUCAGAAUAAUAGUCAUUAUGGAUCGCAAUAUGGACAAUAUCAAAAUAAUCAACCUAUAGCUCUUCCAGCUCCACCAAGUUCAUCUAAUCAACAAGGCCAUCCUUCACAACAACAACAAUAUGGUCAACAAAGACCACCUCAACAACAACCACGUCCCAAUGCACCAGGUGUACCAAACGUACGACCUAGAGGACAAGCAUUUCUUCCAUCAACACAGGCAGGUUCGCCAUUGGCUCCACCACCUCCUGGUAUGCGAGUACCGGUACGUGGUACGUAUAGACCGCCUGCGAUUCGUGGUCGAACUGGACCUCAAAUGGCUACAAGAAUGCAAGGGCCCCCUCCACCGAGAGGACCAACGCAAUCAAUAAAUCAAGCAACACGUAUGCGUCGUCCUAUGCCAAAUCAACAACAACAGAAUAACGAUCCACAAAAGCGAAAACGUAUGGAUGUCCUACUACCCGACCGGCAUGAUGAUCCCGAUUGUCAUGUUAUUGCUGUCCAGCAACGUAAUGAUGAUUUACCAGUAAUUCAGAACAUACAAGGAAAUGUAACAGAAACGGCACAAGAUCCUCUUAGCAAAGUUAAAGAUUCUAUGAUUCAUUUAACUGAUUCAAUUACUUUAAGUGUUAGAGGAAAAGAAAAUAAUGGAGGAAAUUCUCAAUCACCAACCACUACACAGCCAUCACCAGCUAAUGCAGUUGCUGAUAUUCUAGCAACUCGAGGAAUAACUGUUACACCGGCAGCUAAAUCAAAUAAUUCAAGUCAAGCAAGAAGUAAUGACAGGGCAUCUGAUAAUAAUGCCGUAGCACAAGUUGCUAUAAACUUAAAUAAUGCUGUUAGUAUUAUUCCCGCUCAAAAAUCAAAUUCGGUAGAAAGACCUGCCCGUCCUCCAUCAACAGUUGACUUAACUGAUGAAGAGCAUCAAGCAGUAAAUCGUGAUUCUUCAUUAAUUCGUCCAAAUAAACCUUACAAAUGUAGUAUUUGCCCUAAACAAUUUAAUAGUCAAGAUUUAUAUACAUUGCAUGUCGCAAAACAUCGAACAUUACCAUUUCGCUGUGAUCGAUGUCCAGCUGCGUAUCCUAAACAGGCUGAUCUACUAAAUCAUAAAAAGAACUGCCGUGCUAAUACUUCACAAAACAGCAACGCAUCUAGUGUUUCGAAUUUGGGAUUACCUGUAGUGGAUCUUAGACGGCCUCAAGUGUUACAAACUUUGUCUAGAAUUGGCAUUUAUCAUUAUAUUCCAUUAGCUCAGGGAAAUGAUAGCGGUUGUUUUGGUUUACCGGUAGUAUCAGUAGAUGGAACUCGAAAUCCUAACAUUGUAAAUUUAAGUGCACUUGGAUCAAAUAAUUUGUUACCAUUAGGACCAGUUCAACAAAUACCUAUUCAAAAUAAUCGACCACAUUAAAUCGUAAAUUGCACCGUACUAAAAUUAAAAACAGAAAAGUUUCCAAUCGAUAUAAAAUCACGUAUACAAAAGUGUAGUUUUUUUAUUGAAUUUGGAGAACUUGUGCAAUACUAAAUAUUUA